UGAUCUCCAACUGGAUUCCUCUCUUGUGCAGGUAGUAUUGUAUUCUUUCCUUAUCUCAUCCCUCCUCUAUAUCUUUUCCAGUUACACCACCCAUCUCUUCUCUGCUCUACCUCCUCUCAAGAUUAACUCCCCGGUCUUUGCAGCAAAGACAUGUUAUUGUGAUUAGCAAGAAAGACCACUUCUUGGAAGGCAUAUCGUGGAGAAUAUCGGUUAGUGUAUCACAUAAUUCAUGUGUUUAGCUGAAGACGAAACAUUAUAAAGGAGGUAUCAUGACUGGAUCUCUGUUUCCCUAUGUUAACAGUAGAUUUUCUGGUGGCUUGUACCAAAAAAAAAAAACAAAGACAACUUCAAGAACUAGGGUUUUUUGCUAAAAAGUAAUUAAGGUUUAAAAUCUUGCACUCACUAUUUUUUGUUAUGAUUCUCUUGUUGGUAAAUAGUCCAAAACUGGAUUGGCUAACGACUGUAGUUAGUCUUUUGUACUAGUUAGAUACUAACAUGAAUGAUAUCAUUUUUAGAAAAAGUAGUUAGCAUGCAAUUAAGAAAAAGGAAUCAAGAUGUUUUUAAGUCCAUCAAUUGAAGCUCUACCGAUAUCAUGGUAUUAAAACCAACCAGAUGCAAUAAUUUAGGUAAGGAACAAAUGAUAGACACUGGGUAUCUUUGUGGCCCCAGUGCAAUUAUGUCCACCACUGGCCAGCAUAGCGAUACAGGGUUGCAGGAAAUCUUUGUAAGUCGGUUGAUAAAAUUGCAGCAGUGUAACAGCAGAUCUGCAGAAGCUAAAAUGACCUCCCCCGGUUACAUCUGACCAAUCUUAAAGAUGCCACCAUUUGGAAAGUAUAUGAAUUUAUAAUGAAAGAAUACAAAAAGGUUCCAUCAAAUGAGCUCACAGGAGUGUUUCAACAGGACCUUUUUGUUCCUCUACAAGAAUUUCUGAGGGUGGAUCCAAGCUCAAGCAUUCUGAUUCUUUACUCUAAAGAAAGGUAUUCAGCAGCAGAGGAGGAAGGAGAAGAAACAAAAGAUGGGGUUCUGGUCCCUGUUUAUUGUGGCAUCCAUGCCAAACUUGCAGUUCUUGCUUGUAGGCCUGCUUGGAGCCUUUCUGGCAUCUGGGUAUAUUAAUAUCCUGUCUACCAAUGCGCUAAGGGAUAUGAACAAGAUCGUGUUUGUCGUGUUCUCACCAGCCCUCGUGUUUGCGAGCCUAGCUGAAACUGUAACUCUCCAAGAUAUCCUUUCUUGGUGGUUCAUGCCCAUUAAUAUUGGCCUCACAUUCUUGAUUGGAGGAAUCCUUGGAUGGAUAGUGGUGAAGAUCUUGAAACCUGAGCAUCAUCUUGAAGGCCUUGUAAUUGCUAGCUGCUCAGCGGGCAACCUGGGCAAUCUGCCCUUGAUCAUUAUCCCGGCAAUCUGCAAUGAAGAUGAAAAUCCAUUUGGGGAGUCCAGUGAAUGCAAAACCAUUGGACUCUCCUACGUGUCUUUUUCCAUGGCGCUAGCGGCUUUCUUUAUAUGGUCACAUACCUACAGUCUUAUGCGGAAAUCAAGUGCUCUUUAUGAACAAAUCCAUGGUGAAAAUGCGACAAUAAAACUUCCUGAAAAUGAUUCAGGGAGAAGUGGGGAAGCUCAAAACCAAUACAAAGAAGGCUAUAGGGAUCAAGAAGCUUUGCUUCUGCCAUCAACAAAACCUACCGAUAGAGCUGCAGAACAUCAAAUUAUUGCCCCACUGUUAUCCAAAGGAGAGGGUAGCAAAAAUAAGCCACAUUUCUGGACGAGCCCAAAAGCAACGCUUACCUGGAUUGCAGAGGAAUUCCUAGCACCACCAACUAUUGCAGCAAUUUUUGGCAUCGUCAUUGGCAUUACACCCUGGUUAAAAUCACUCAUCAUAGGAGCCACUGCUCCACUCAGGGUGAUUCAGGACUCCAUCUCACUACUAGGGGAUGGUUUGAUACCUUGUGUCACUCUAAUUCUUGGAGGCAACCUAACCCCAGGGCUCCGUGGAUCAGCAGUAAAGCCUGCGGUAAUUGUAGCAAUUAUUGGUGUGAGGUAUGUGAUCCUUCCCCUCUUCGGGAUUGCCGUGGUAAAAGCAGCAGGUGUACUUGGGUUCCUGCCACCAUCUCCCCUCUUCGAAUUCGUGUUACUGAUACAAUUCACUCUGCCACCUGCCAUGGCUAUUGGUACCAUGGCUCAGUUGUUUGAUGUUGGUAAGGAAGAGUGCUCUGUCAUCUUCCUGUGGACCUACUUGGUUGCUGCCCUUGCACUGACAAUUUGGUCGACAAUCUUUAUGUGGAUCUUGUCUUAAAGUUGAUACAUUGUUAACCAAUGGGAACUGAUAAUAUUAUGCCCCAGCAGCUCGUGUUCCAUUGAAGAAUUCUUCUCCUGAAGUAAUUCAGCCCUUCCUCUUUCACUAUAA